UUCAGUCGGACUUAUUUGAGCGGUGCACGUGACAUGGAGGACAGUGGAAGAACUUGUAACAGGACAGUUAUGUUGGUGACAGUUUUCACCAGAGUUCAUUCCUUCAUUUUAUAGCAAUGGAAAUAUUGGAUGUUCGGCUGGUCUGAGACCUGCAGAGGAAGAUGUUUGGUCUCCGGCUGUCCCUUUGGCUUCAGCCUGGGACACAGGUUUGUCCUGUCUCCUGGCACAGUGUCCACAAACUGGCCUCGCUUCAGAAAGCAACCGUUCUGCCCCCAAAGAAAGCCCAAAGCUUACUCUACCCCUUCAGUGCUCUGGAGGCUUACCUGGACAGGUCAGUGGACAGGACUCAGUUCCAGCUCUUUCAUCCCAGUUUGGAGGACAUGGUUGAAGCAGAGAAGCUCUUCAACUCGUCUCCAUCCCAUAAGAUUGAUUACUACAUCUCUGCGGAAAGGAUGGACCACGUCCCUGCGCUGAAACCGCCUGAGGUGUGUUUCAUCGGCAGGAGCAACGUGGGCAAGUCGUCCCUCAUCAAAGGUCUGUUCUCCCUGACGCCACAGAUAGAAGUCAGAGUCUCCAAAACGCCAGGUCACACAAAGAAGAUGAACUUCUUCAGAGUGGGCAAAGCGUUCACCAUCGUUGACAUGCCCGGCUACGGACACAGAGCACCCAAAGACUUUGUUGACAUGGUGGAGCCGUAUCUCCUCACCAGGAAGAAUCUGGUCAGGACGUUCCUGUUGGUGGACGGCAGCGUUGGUUUUCAGAAAGCCGACAUGAUCGCCCUGGAGAUGUGUGAGGAGAUCAGACGUCCCUACGUGCUGGUCGUCACCAAGAUCGACAAAUGUGGGUACGGAACACUGCUGACAAACCUAUUGGAUCUCCAGGAAGUGGUGAAAACACGGACCACAAGUUGCUUCCCCCAGCCACUGCUGGUCAGCUCCCUCCAUUUCGAGGGGAUCUACCUCCUGAGAUGCUUCAUCGCUCACGUCACAGGGAGCAUCAGACUAACGGACACCGCUCAGAGCUGAGCAGAGAACCGCCGGACCCACAAUGCAACUGUUUCACCUGCAGCCCCCUAACCCUCCCCUUCAGUUUGCCUCCCAUUCAUCUCCACAAAUGUUUCAUUAAGUAGGCAGGAGCAUAGAAGCAGCCACCUGCCCCCCAGCAGCAGUCAGCCCCGCCAGGGAGAUGCUGGCGUCCAGGACGGCGGCGUCCGGGCCAGCUGAGGGAGGCAGUGCUCGCCUCCUUCCUGAAGAGGGCGCUGUAGAAGCCGACGGCAUGCUGCCUCAUUUCGCCCGUGCCAGUUGUCAUCCUGACAGCGUGGAGGUGGAGACGCACCAUUUGUUUGGUCGGAGAAAGGCAACUCUCCAGAUUAAAGAAGUGGGAUGUAACAGCAUCCAUGUCCAUAACACGGAUGGACCUCAACCCGACCAAAGCGCCUUUGUCUCGUUCUCCUAGGACCCCAGUGGUUCUCCCUGCUGGUGCAGAUCCCUGAUCUCAUCCCUAAAUCUUCAAUGACCCUUUUGAAGUUCGCUGAGGAGUGACUGACACAGGAACCAUUUCAUUAAUUCACUUUCUUCAUGCUUGGAUCAAAUGUGGUCUAUUGACGCUCUGAUGACUAAACCCAUCCAUGUCUACGCCUCUGUGGAGGAGAAGAUGUUCACAUCCAGCCCAGGUGAACAUCUUCCACCACAACCCCCGAUCGGCCUCAUUCUGCGGGUCGCUGUGUGUUUCCUGCAAAACGAUGUUAAACGCGGGUUUGAUUAUGUCAGCAGUAACUGCUCCCUUUUGUCAAGUCCCUCCCACCAUUAAUGUUUAAAGAACCAACCCUCAGCGUGUGUAAGGGAAAAAACAAGGGGUGGUUGCCUAGACAUCGACAGUAACAGAUAGUUCGACACAGUGUGACACGUCCAUCACAGACUCGCUUAUUCAUUCUAAGCCUUUUGGGGCCUUUUCCUCAACGUCCUGAGACGCGUCACGUUUCUCUCAAUUGACUGAAUCCUUUCCAACCAGUUUCUGUAACGUCAACACACGUUUAAUACAUUUAUGCACUGAAAAUAGUCAUAAACUUUCACAGAUUUUCCAUAACCGUCCAGGUCGUUGACUUCUCCGUCGAGAGUCCUUGUCGUUCUGCAUCUCGUCCCCUUCAGGCAGAGCACCAGCAGCCACACUCCCCCUCAGACCAGGAGCCUUCCCUUCCCCUGAUACCUACUGAUUCCUCCUCUCCUUUGUUCCGUUUCUCUCCUUUCUUCUUCUUUUGCUUCCCCCCCCCCCCCACACACUCAUUUCCUGCACAUCUGUCUAUCUAUGAUUUACAGACUCAUGGAAUGAAUGUGACAUGUUCUAUCACGUUCAUCGGAACUGCUCUUAUUUUGAAGUCAGAUCUUGCACGCUGCUACCUUAACGCCUCAUACACACACGUGCUGCAAAAUAGAGCUGUUAGACCUUGACCGCAGUAACCAGGCUUACAAAAAGGACACUGGCUAAGAACGAGGGGUUAAGAACAAAGAUAACAGCAUUGGAGGCCACAGCACCAUGUAAAAUCCUCCAUACUCCAGGUCUUUAGGGCAGGCACAUAUAAAAUCCUGCACUGUGGGCCAGUUCCGCUUUGUCCCAGUUGGACAGCACAGCCCAGCUAUAUUUGCCUCCUUCACACAGUUGGCAUAGAUGGUUUUCUUGUCCGCUUCCUGCAAUGUAAACCGUCCUGUGAGCGUUGUGGCUGGAUGAACUUCCACGGCCCACGAAUGAACUUCUCCAUGUUGGAGAAAUAGUCCUCUAGCUCCACUGCCUUUGCGUUCUUCAUUAUAUUCAGAAAAAAGAACACACUUUGUUUAUUUAAUGUACUCGUUGUUUUAGUACUGUGUAUUUAAUGUUAUUUUUGCUCUGUUGUAUGAAUAAAGUGUGUUUUUUGUAUUGGAA